AGCAGCUGCAAAGGAAGUCAUCCCCAAGCCAUGCAGCGCUCCGUCGGUCAAUUAAGUGGAAUCGCGUCUGUAUUUUUGCGUGGAUUUCGUUCUUCUGCGUUUGCAGCAAUGCCGAUCAAGAUUGGUGACAAGCUUCCUUCUGUUCAAGUCAUGGAGGGAACUCCUAAAGACAAAGUCAAUGUGGCCACUUUGUUCUCAGGAAAAAAAGGGGUGCUAUUUGCUGUACCAGGUGCCUUUACUCCAGGUUGCUCUAAGACUCAUCUUCCAGGAUAUGUUGAAGAUUUUGAAAAAUUUAAGGAAAAAGGAGUGGAUAUUGUUGCCUGUAUCUCAGUUAAUGAUCCAUUUGUAAUGGCAGCUUGGGGAGAGGCACACAAAUGUGAUGGCAAGAUCCGCAUGUUGGCUGACACACAAGGUGAAUUCACAAAGGCUGUUGAUAUGGAGCUUGACGCGAGGCCAUUUCUUGGAAAUGUACGGUCAAAGAGAUAUGUGAUGGUGAUCGAAGAUGGACUGGUGACAGCGCUCAACGUAGAGCCUGAUGGUACUGGACUGAGUUGCAGUCUGGCUAACAGCAUUCUGAGUGCAUUGUAGUUUGUAUUCCAAACUGCGAUACGGAAGGAGUAGAAUCAGGAUUGGAUCAAUCGUGGGAACAUGUCAUCUAUUCGUUUCUUCAUUGUUUACAAAAAAUGGAGCAUGGCUUAAAACAGUGGACUUAAAUGUGAGAUGUUAAUAAUAAGUCAAGAUAAGAAUAAUCUUCAUAAUUUAAUGUAUUGGCAGUUUAGCAGGAAGUAAUGGUGAGUUUAUGAAAAGUUGUGUACUACAGAAGUGAAUAAAGGACAUGGUUCCAUUGAUUUA